AAACACAUUUUCUUAUCUCAUCCUCUUCCUCUUAUUUUUUCCCAGUCCUCUGAACCUCUCUAAGGACGCAGAAGAAGGUUCGAGAAAAAUGGCGACGGGUUACAACAGAGCCGACGAUUGCUUAUUUUCUCAACAACAAGAGUCUAACUCUGGUGAAAACAAGUAUGGAGGACUUGUGCCAAAGAAAAAGCCUCUGAUCUCGCAGGAUCACAAACGUGCUUUCUUUGAUUCAGCAGAUUGGGCUUUACAAAAGCAAGAUGCAAAUAUAGAUGAGAGAACGAUAGCGGAAAUUGAAAAUUUAAGACCCAAAUUACAGAGAACACCUCGCAAGCAACUCCCCCCUAGAAGACCUACCUGUGCAACUGGACAAGAGAAUCUGACAGAUUCGAGCUUUUAGGGUGCAAUGAAAAGGGUUUGACAUGGAAACGGAACGUGAUUGGUUUGGUGAGCCUACUCACGUGUUUCAUGUUUCCAUUAAAAAAUAGACUUUUUAUGCAGUUUAUGGAUAGUUUGUUCUGUUUUGGCCCUUGGUCCAUAAAAUGCUUGUCGUUUCAAUAAAUGGUACAGACCCUAUUGUUGCUGAAUAGACCCUAUUGUUCUAUUUUCUUUUUCUCCAAUGCAUAAACCGUUUGAUAUUUUA